AUGGCUCGUACACAUCAUGAUCUUAUUCAAUCACUUGUUGAUGAAAAUGUUAUCAGAGAUGAACGAAUUAAGCAUGCUAUGUUAGCAACAGAUAGAUUUGACUUUGUAACUAAUCGAAUGUAUGAAGAUGCCCCACAAUCAAUUGGUUAUAAUGUAACAAUAUCCGCUCCACAUAUGCAUGCUUUUGCACUUGAAAUAUUAGGAGAUAAACUUGUACCAGGUGCUCGUGUACUUGAUGUUGGUUCGGGUUCAGGAUAUUUAACAUUAUGUAUGGCUCGUCUUGUUUAUCCAACUGGAAAAGUAUUUGGAAUAGAACAUAUUCCAGAAUUAGUUAAUUUAUCAUUAAGAAAUAUUGCUAAAAAUGGUCGUUCAUUUCUUGAUGAUGGUACAUUACAAAUCGUUUUAGGUGAUGGACGUUUAGGUUACCCACAGGGUGAACCAUAUGAUGCUAUUCAUGUAGGAGCAGCAGCACCACACUGUCCUAUAGCAUUGAUUAGUCAAUUAAAACCUGGUGGACGUAUAGUUGUACCUGUUGGUAUUGGAAAUCAAAAAAUGAUGAUUUAUGAAAAAUCAUUAGAUGGUCGCCAAGUACACGAGUUUGCAACAAUAGAUGUAAAUUAUGUACCAUUAACAGAUAAAAAUGAACAAUGGUAUUAUUGA